GUCGGCAAUGUCGCAACAAUGACUUUGUCAGCCUUUUUCAGUAUCUUUUUGUGGAGAUGUGACUGUGCGAUUUUCAUUUUAUGGAUUUGUUAUGGUGUCAAUAUGCAUUUAGUGAAACAAACAUAAUGAAGGACAAACCAUGGACAGGUUGUGAGUGGAACAGAACUUAACCUCUUACCUUACUGGAGGGAAACACGUGGACACGUGAGGAACCUAUCUGAAUUCUUGGCUCACCGUGCAAGGUUAGACCCUUGACUUUUAUCUUUUUGUGCUGCUGGUAAAAAGACAAGAGCAUCCAGAGAGGGUCUCUUAAGCAAACAGAGACCCCCCUCCCAAAGGUGAGAGGGGGGGGGGAAGAUGGCAGCUCUUGCCAGUUCUCUCAUCAGACAAAAACGGGCAGUCAAGGAGGACCAAGUCAACCGGCCGAUAGCCAACAAACGCAAGCCAUGCCCCAAGAGCAACAAGUCCCUUUGCCAGAAACAAAUUCUUGUUCUCAUAUCAAAAGUACGGUUAUGUGGCGGCCGCAGAGGAAGAACAGAAAAAAGACCAGAUCCUCAGCUAAAAGGCAUCAUCACCCGUCUGUACAGCCAGCACGGAUACUACCUGCAGAUGCUGCCGGAUGGCACCAUGGACGGCACAAGGGAAGAGGGCAGCUGCUUCUCACAGUUCAACUUGAUUCCUGUAGGUCUGCGGAUAGUGGCAAUUCAGGGAGCGAAGACUGGCUUCUACCUGGGCAUGAACAGCGAGGGAUACCUCUACACCUCCGAGAAUUUCAACCCAGAGUGCAAAUUCAAAGAGAGUGUGUUUGAGAACUACUACGUGACGUACUCCUCCAUGCUGUACCGCCAAAGCCAGUCUGGACGCUCGUGGUACAUCGGCAUUAAUCGAGAUGGCCAAGUGAUGAAGGGCAACCGCGUGAAGAAGACCAAAGGGGCUGCACACUUCCUACCUAAAGUUAUCGAAGUGGCCAUGUACAAGGAACCUUCACUGCAUGAGCUUGUAGCGGAGCAGAGCCCUCCACGCAAAACUGUAAAGACUUCAGACUCCCCUUCUCACAAGAACAGCAGGAAAGAAGCCCCUAGAGCUGAUGCUUCAUAGCACAGGGGGCGCACACAGUUAGGGUGAGAGACUACACUGACACUGAGAACUCCAUUUCCUUCAUACAAUGGGGACAGGAAGAGCUGUGCAAGUGGCUGCCAUCUGUGGAUUUUUGAAUGGGGCGAGAUCAGACAGCAGUCCCUGGCUCACUGCAAUGAGCGGAGAAUCCCUGCCGCUCUCCGAUGAAACAGCUCCCAUAUAUUUCAGGUGACCAAACAUGGCACCUGACCCCCACAUAUGAUCCCUUAAUCCUCUGCAAAAACAUGUUUCUUUGCCCCACAUUGCCCUACUUAAGUUCUCUCAGAAUGUGAGACAAAAAAUGCAAACAAUAUCCAUCCUAACUGAAGAAUUCAAUUGACUUUUAUUUCCCUAUGGGUUCUUUUUGUUUGAACGAAGACUUUUGGUGUAGGAAUGAGAGCGAGAGAGAGAGAGGUUAUUAUCCAAUAUCGUCAUAAUGAUUUCAGCAGAUGAGACCCUCGCUGGUUCAUUUUUUCCUGCCAUCAGUUUGCCAAUGGCUGCUCUGUGCCAGUCAGAACUAUUGGAAGGAGUGCAGUACAAUUAGUUUUUAUUGGACCAUUCAAGGAGGAUCCAGUUCUAUUGUUCAGCAGGUGUAGAUUGAUUUCUGCUGGGCCGCUGCCAGGUAAGCUAAUGGUUUUAUGCAGAAUUUGUGAUUUUUAAUCAAACAUAACUCUGUAGUUCCACUUCUAAUGUCUGAUAUUCUUCACAACCCAAACACAUCUGUUUUUGGUUUAAUUGUGGCUACACCUGCAGGCUGUAAGAAAAAAAAAAAAAAAAUAAUUUCUCUUGGGACGACGAUAUUCAUGUUUAAUAGCCAGUGGGCUUGAAGCGGCAUCCAUAUCAUUGGAAAACGAGUGGAGAUAUGGGGCAAUUGUUUGAUAGCUCUUUGAUGGAAUUCUUACAGGAGAUUACAUGGAGUCCAGCCAUGAUUGCUUGAAUUAUUUACUCCUUUUCCAGGGGACGUUCUGCUUGUUCAAGCAGUUCAGAUGAGAGAUUUUAAUAUGCAAAUUUAAAUUGUGGCGAGCCGAUCAAUGACGCAGUGUUUGUGUGCGUUUAGACGUAAGUAUUAGAGUGUGAAAGAGACAGAAUUAUGUGAAAUGAACAUCUGCUUCCAUUAUUUAUUUAUGUGUGUGUGGCUGUUUGGGCACACGUGUAAUUGCAUUGGCUUUCACACCACAGUUCAUAAUUUUAAUAGUUUGGUCAAAUCUGGGCAUUUUAAUCUGCCUGGAAAUGUUGACUGAUUACCCUCUCCAGGUUUCAUAACUGACACAUAGCCAAGAGGAAGUGCUGUGACAUCCAGGAUCUCUUCGUAAUUCUAAAGGCACCUUAUCAGUCUACACACACCACAUUAUGCAAGUUGUUUGCAAUGUGUGUGUUUGAGUAAAACAUUGGUCAACCAUCUUCCAAAAGGUGCCUGUUUGUUCUACGAAAGGGAAGUGAUUUCCUCAUUGAUUAUGCCAUCAUGCAUUUGUUGGCCAAUAGCAGCCGCUGGGGCUGUAGAAGGCACAACCUGAGUGGCUGUGGGUAUGAUAGGUACACAACUUUGGUUUUGCUGUUAUUCUGUCUAAGAAAGAUCAUUUGUUGAUCCUUAUUAUGGUUAACAUGGAUUUAAUGUCCUUGAGCUGUGCCCCAAACACCAGAACAGCAAAAUAAAUAAAUACAUAAAUACAUAAAAUUAAUCAAACUUUGACUAACAAUAAUAAAUCAAUGCAACAGAAAGUCAGCCGAAUGUAUUGUGGAUGUUGGUGAAGGUUUGUGCAUGUUUUUAGUAUGUUGAAGCAUGGUACGUGUAUGUGUCUUAAUGAAAGUUGAUAGCAAGUCGAACAUUAAAGGAAUAUAACAGGUUCAACUGAGUCAACAGCAGAUGAGGCAUAAUGUUUAUUACAUCGAAAAAGCAUUUAAACUUGUUCCUCAUUUUCUUUAGAAAAAAAAAAAGUCUAGGUUACAGUGAUGCACUUGA